CAGCCCAGCUUGGGUGUGCUCCCUUUUAUUUGGGAGAAUGGAGAGGACAAUCUUUGUUGCCUCCACCCCUUUAAAAAAGGAAGAAAAUCCUAAAGAAACGUGUGCUGGAGAGGGGAAGAGCUGCUGCCAAGGCGCAGGGCCGUCAGACAGAUCUUCGAAGAACAUCUGGUAACCGCGGGUAACACUGUUUGGACAUCUGGUAACCGAAGGUUACACUGCGUCUCUUCCAUCCUGCCGGGUUUCCUGUUAUGCCUCGCUGUACACAGUCUAAGAGGUUUAGGUUUAUUAUACAUGGUCAUCAGUUGGAGAAAGCGCACCUUUAUUCAUUUUUUCUGACAUGAAGGGAGCACUUGGUUUCAUUGGGGUAUUCCUCUCCUUUCUCUCCGACGCCACUUACGGAGAGUCUGCCUUGAAAUUUGCUUGUGGGAAUAUUUCGCACAGUUGUAUGCACUAUUGCAACUUCUGUAAUGAACUACAUGGCGCUCCAACAAUGGCUUGCCUUUCAAUCCUGUCAAGACAUCUGUGUCUCAGAAAUUUUGAGAGCGCGAUGGCAUCACUGAACAGCACUGACUGGUGCAUUUGGGAUAAUGUGAGAGGUUUGUAUAGUAACUUAAGCCUCUGCACAGAAGACAUCUCUGACUGUCUCUUGAUCCCAUGGCCCAACCCUCUGGUGGAAGAGACCUUUGUGAACAUUCAUGCCGAGUUUUUCAAGGAUUGUCCCACAGAGGAGCUGAACGACCCGCCGCCGGUCAUCGUCUUCGCCCUGGUCAUAACUCCCAUCUGCCUGAUCCCUGUCAUGGUCAGCCUUGUGGUGCUCAAGACUAAGAAUGGAGACGGCAGCUCCUGAAAAGUCUCUGCCUCGCUCACUUUCUAUUGGACCUAUGCUCUUCCCCUUUUUUUCCCAACCUGAGGACUGCAUAUUUACACAUAGGCUGCUGCUGCGCUUUCAUCUCACCAGUGGAGGCGUGACUCUUUCUGACAAAGUUCACUGGCGCUAACCCAAUUCAGUGAAAUUUGGAAACAUGAGCGAUAGAGAAAGCCUAUCAAUAGACGAUUGUGAUUCUGAGUUAAUGUCAAAUCCUGAGUCAUCACAAUUAUUCAGUGACACACUUCCUGGUGUUUUAAAGAGACUCACUGUGACAAAAUCUUUGUUAUUAUAAACUCAUGUACUGUACUGCACUGUACUGUGUCUCAUUAACACUUUUAAAGAAGACACUAUGACACAACACCGGACUGGAAAUCUGAACAUUGAUGGUAUUUGGUUACAUCCAAACUGGAUGCACAUGUUCAGAAAACAGCUUAAUUUAUAAUGGAAAAAACCCAAUAUUCAGGUUUAUGGUGACAAAAGCUCUCAGGCUUGCAACAGUAAAAGCAAAAAUAUAUUUGUGUUGACACUCCUCAUUAUGUUGGACACCAGUUGUGUUGGUAAAAGACAAGGUAUUUUUUUUAAAUAGUGAACUCCUGAAGUCUUCAAACUUAUCUCUGCUUUGAGCCUCUUAUUAGACAACGUACAGUCUAUUCACUUCAAGCCUGAACUGAAUACAGGUUAUGUGUUCAUAUGUGAUAUAUGAAAAGGGUCCUCUAUGUACAUACAGGGAGGACAGGACAAAGGAGUAUGGUCUGAAACAUGGAUGUGGUUAUGUGAGUCAUAGUGUAUGGAAGGUUUGGAGUCAGAGGUUACAGAUGGGACACAAAGAAUGGAUACGCCCAGAGACAGAGAUCUCUUUCCUGGUAUUGUCUAUUUUCGAACAGCGAUAAAUCUUUCAGCACUUUCCACUGUCCAAACGGUGACAAUCCUCAUGACGAUAUAAUGAUGAGCUUAUUGAAGCAAAGUUGAUCUAACAUCUAACAUCCUGUUCAGACAAAAGACAUUUAGUUUGUCCAUGCAGCAUAGUGAUGUACACUGAGUGAUGUACACUGAGUGAUGACACAAAGAUAAAAGUGUUAUCUUUCGCCUGGAUCUUGAUAACGUAUGAGUAUGUAUUGUUACGACCAGAAAGCCACUGUAGGUGCUUUCAGAUUUUGAACAAAAUGUGUAUUUAUAUACUGUGUUAGUUUUCUGCCAUUGUCAGGACUUACUGUACUGUCUGAGAACACAUUCUGCCUGCUCUCACACCAUGUACUGUAUGCAUUUUGAUAUACUUUUUUAUAUUUUAUACAAUUAAAUGUACAGUUGGA